CAAAACUACCGCCACGAUGAGCCUCUCCCGAUCUCUCCUCCGCAACGCCCGACCCCGCCCAAUCGCCUCUCCCUCCUCCUCCUCCCCACUCGCCCUCCGCUCCUUCGCCUCAUCCCGCCCCUCCCUCGCCGCCGCCGAGCCCGCCCAAGCCGCCCAAGCUCAAGCUGAACCCGCCGCCGCGGUAUCCCCCAAGAUUGCGCCUAUCGUGGAGACCAUCUCCACAUUGAGUCUUUUGGAGGUUUCCGAGCUCGUCUCGGCGCUCAAGACAAAACUGAACAUCACCGAGAUCGCCCUCCCCGCCGCUUCCCCCGCCUCCUCCGCGGCCUCAGCAGGCGGAGCAGCCGAAGCCCCCGUCGAGGAGAAGCCCAAGGAAAAGACAAUCUUCACCGUCAAGCUCGAAAAGUUUGAUGCGGCGGCCAAGGCAAAGAUCAUCAGGGAGGUGAAGGCGAUGAUGCCGAAUAUGAACUUGGUUGAGGCCAAGAAAUUCGUCGAAUCCGUACCCCAAACACUCAAAGAGAACGUCCCCAAAGAAGACGCCGAGAAGCUGAAGAAGACGUUGGAAGAUCUGGGGGCGAGUGUUACUUUGGCUUGAGGACCGAGGACCAAGAGGCACCAAGAGGACCAAGAGGACCGAGAGGACGAAGGGGUGGAGAGGACUGAGAGGACCAAGGACCAAGGGGUGGAGAGGACGAAGGGGUGGAAGAGUAGUUUGGAUGCAUGGAUGCAUAGCAUUAUCAUUAUCAGG